CAGUGAGGAACGCGAGAUAGAUAUAGAAGCUGAAACACGACGAAUGAACGAGAUUCAAGCCAACAUUGAACGUCAACGCCAGAGAGACAGAGUAAGCACACGAACCAAGUUCAGAGUAAUUUUUGCAUAUUUAAUUAGAGUAAUUAGUAUUGAUAUAAACAAUGGGUAACUAGGAAAGGGAAGAAAGUAACCGAAGAAAAGCCCAUAAGUCUGAGUCGUCGAGAUCAAAUCGAGAUGUAAGUACACAGAGUAAUGUAGAUUCGAGUAGACAGACGACUAAGUACAAUGAAGGUGAUAUUGUCACUCAGUACAAAAUUAUUUGAAACAAUAGCAAUCAGGCUCCGAAGACAACCAGCACUGAGACACGCACAGAGAACGUAGUGAGUAAUGAGAAUACGACGAGAGAGGUAGAAAGGAAAAAGAAGAAGAAAAAGAAAAAGUCUAAGUCACCGGAGAAACAGAGUCCGUUAUCAUUUAAUCGAGAUGUUGUGCCAGUAGCAAUUCCGCUACCACCUAAGAAUGAUUGUCGUACGGUUGCAACGUUAUCACAGCCUUCAACGUCAUCUCAGAGUUCCGUACAGCAUCCGAGCACGAAUCAGGACCAGUUUACGAGUUCGCACGUACAGAGUGAAGGUGAAAUUCAAUUGUCGUUUUUGAGGUGCGAAGCGGAGAGCAGCGAUGGACCAAGCGAUGAGUAAAUUGCUUGCACUGAGAGCCGAAGAUGAGAUGGUUGAGAAAGCAUUGAAGAAGAAACGAAAGCGGUCAAAGAAAGAGACAGAGACUGAGAAACCGAUCUUAGUGAGAAGAAUGCCGGAUGCUGUGCCAGCUACCGAGAACACCGUUCAAACUGAGACAGUACCGCGACCCGCGCCUGAACAGCAACGUCAAGUUGAACGACCCCGCGCCCCGACGCCAAAACCAACGAUGUCCGACGCUUCGGAAAAUGAACGUAGUUCUUCGGACUCCGAAUCGGACUCGGAAGAGUCGGAUGAUGAUUCGUCUGAUUCCAGCUCCGAAGAGGAAGAAGAGGAGAACGGAGAUGAUUCUGGAACUGGAGGAGGUGCUACGUCGAACAGUACCCAAAAUCCUCCGCCUCCUCCUCCACCAUCUGGAAAUAGUAAGAGUACACAGAGUGAGCCAGCGACUGAGACGAAACCGAAGAAAUCGUCUAAGAAGUCGAAAGAGAAGAAAACGCGUUCCAGUAGGAAAAACCGUCUGACAGAGAAUAUGAUGCGAAGCAAUCAUGAAACGCGUAAGGUACUGACGAAGGAGGUGAGAAUCGAGACGUGGCAUCAGAUGCUACAGUUGGAUGCUGAGAUCUACAAUAUUAACCUCACGAAGCGGACCAAGAGGAAAGCUGAGGAGAAGCAGCUUCGUAAUCUCGUUCUACACAGACUAGACGAAUAUUAUUUUGCGAGAGUAGGGCAUAUUACGCCUGUACAGAAGAUGAUCGACGCCAUUUUUGACUUACGGAGAGUAGAGAGGAACGUGAGUAGGGGUACGAUCAAGUCCGAGUUCAACAAGUUAAUGCUAGGUAGAGGGGAAACUCUCGACGCUUUCUUUGGGCGUAUGGACGAACUCACCUACGACUUUAAGAUGCAAACGAAAGGGGAAGAGAUUCCCGAGCCAGAGAUCUUUGAUAGGAUAGUAGAGGCGACAGAGUCUAUCUAUACAGAGCUUAGGGUUAUUCUUAAGUCUAAGGGCGAAUAUCCUCAUACGAGUCUCGCUGACCUUAAGUUGUUGUUGUUACAGCUGGAGUCUGAACGGAGAGGUGGGCCGCAGCAGGCCAACUAUGCUAGUCACCGACCAGUUAUCCGACGGAGCGACGGAAAGCCCCAACCGAGACCGCCUUACAACGCCGAUACCCUACCGAGACCGCCCGAUCACAAUUGUUACAACUGCUCCAACCCGGAUCAUUACGAUUACGAAUGUCCGAAGUGGGAAGAUGGACCGAGGUGUUUCAGAUGUUCGGAGUGGGGUCAUUUUGGAACGACGUGCAACAAUCCCCGCGUAUUCUACAAACACGAAUUCGCAAAGUACCGAGAUAGUUCCCGAGACAACCGGAUCAGAGAUACAGUUAACGGAGCAGCCCAAUUAAUUAGCGGUGAACGGCAACCGGAGGAUUUUAUGGGUAUACCGAGAUUCGACCGAGACGCGAGAAACGAUAUCGAAGAAAAUCGUCGAAGACAUCAAUCGUCGAGCCGUUACCGGUCACCAAACCGCGACGAACAACAUCGCAGCCGCUCAUCCCCGCCGAGGGAAACCGAUAAGAGUAGCCGGAGCGCAACAGACAGAGAUGCAACCCAAACCGAGAAUCGCCGACAGAGCUCAUCAACGCAUUCGUCAGCCAGCGGUCCAUCACCGCCGCCCGGACACGGUCGCUCUAUGGCGAGACCAGAGGGAGCGCGACGUCUACGUAAUUUUCCUGCGAUGCUUGUAGAUCCGCACAUCGAAGAGGAAUUGCCGUACACGUCUUUCCUACUGAUGGAGCUACCGGACAUCGACGUUAAUUCGCUCAACGGAACCCAGGCUGGAUUGAUUUACAACCACAUCGCCAAGUGGGAACAGAUGUUGGCUUGGUUUAGAACGCGAGUGGAACUGAGAAUUCACGCGAUUAACGUCGAAGCGAGAAAACCGACAGAGAUCGAGCCUGUAUUCGAUAUAGGCGGCGUCGAGUAUUCGUCGUUUUUGGACACCGUCGGACCAGCCAUUAUUGGCCAACCGAUGGUUCAACCGCCGCCUGGUUUUCCGCCAAUACCACCAGUUCCGAAGCCGGUCUACCUGGAACAUACGAAAGAACAGACGAUGCUGCCGUUUACCAACACACCGCAGCCAGGAACCAGCGCUUUGACGUCGAAAACAGAGAAACCGGUUGAAAUGAACCCGAUUGGGUGUAUUAAGGCGCCGGAGAAUAAAACAGAGAAAGGAUCAAGCCCAAAUAAACCGCAAACGAAAGCCGCGAAGAAAGAAGGCACUUCAACGGACGAAAUUUUCAAAAAGUUUCGUGAACAGAAUCCGAACGCCGGUAAAUCGCCUUUGAAUCUUGGAAAGGUGUAUAAUCCACGCAGGGACGCGAGGACACCGAAGAAAACGGAUACGAACAGAGAAGGCCCGGAACAUCGUAAACCGACGAAGCCGAUUAAACUCGAUCGUACAAUUGCGGCACCGAAACCCCCAACCCCGCCACCGAUGCCGGAAAAACCGUUGUGGGAAGUUAAGUCGACGAAAGCGGUUGCCGAAGCCGAAAUGGAUACGACGGCUCAAUCCGAGGCGAAAACCGACGACGAGUGGAACAAGCCAGGCCCGAGUUCAGCACAGAGUAAUGCAACAGAGAAGCCGCAUUUAAAUUCGUUAGGCCAAGAUAUGAAUGCGCCGCGGCCACGCACGCCCGAAAUCAUCCGGCAAAACCUACUAAUUCGGCCAGACAUUCCGUGCGAAGAAGAAUGGGAAAUUGGCGACGGAGAAGUGAUUGAUCGACGGAGAGCGAAUUAUCGUUCCGUUAAUUUCAUGUACGUGAAGCAGAUCAUGGAAUUGAACUUCACGAAGGUCAACGAGAGGCUCACCGAGAUCGAAACGCGCCUUCACCGAGAGCAGGUUCCUGAUGAAGCAGACGAGGGAAGGCCGAUGCCGGAAGCCGAGAGGGCCCUGUUAACCAGGCAACAGGAGGAGUUAAACGACGCAGCGAUGGCGAUCACGCGCGUAUUGGAAGGUAAGCAUGUCACUUUCUUAGGUGAUACGGGAGCUACCUCCCAUUUUAUAAACAACCCAGAGUAUUUGACCCAGUCCACAGAGUAUGUACACCCUAUUCAAGGUGCGAACGGAGAUCCGAGUGCGUUACUGAGUUCGAAUAAGAGAGGUAUGAUUUUAGGAAUGAGUGAAGUGUGUAAUUCGCAAGUUCAUUUGACAGACGUUUUAGCUGUACCAAGGUUGACAGAGAAUUUACUUUCGCUAAGGAAGUUUGUAGAUCUUGGGUAUGAGAUCUUACUCACCAAUAAACACGCGUCCAUCAUUGAUCCAGUUUCGACGAAGGUUAUUUUAGCCGGAGAAUACAAGAGACCAUAUUGGGAAUUCCGUAUUCGAACCAGAGAUCGUGAAAUCGCGAUGAAUACGACGACAAAGGAGAAACCCAAAAAGAGACCUCAUUCGCCGACGAGACCAAGUUGCAGCAGUGCCAAUACGUCGAAGAGUAUAAAGAGGAGAAAGGUUCAAACAGAGAAUUUACCAUCAACGUCGACAGCUGAAACUGAAAAUACACAAGAGAUGAAUGAACCAAAGGAAGUGAAACAGAGAACGAAAUCGAAGAGGAAGGCGAAAAAGAAAUCGAAGGAGACAGGAGGAGACUCAGAAGUUCGGAGGGAGAGCUCUCCAGGUAGGAGGGAGCGAUCUCAAGAACGGAGGGAGCAAAAUCGUGAGAUUAUUUCACCUGUUUACCUAUGCCCGGAAUCAAUUGAUGACAUCAAAUUGAACAGAGAGAUCUCAGACGAAGAACUGGGACAACCAAUCAACGUAGAGAGAUUAUCGACGGUGAAGAAACCCAUGAACUACGUCGAUUUUAAAAACAGUCCAGCCAUGAGAUGGCACUACAGAUUGGGACACUUGAGUUACGACUGUAUGAUGAAGUUAAAGAAGACGAGUCCAGCGUUAGCGAAGGUGAAAAUAAGUCGUGAGCAGAUUCGUUCGUGUGAAGUUUGCAUUCUAGCGAACAUGAAAUUGAAACCGUUCAAGGAAGUUCGCGACAAAUCGAAGUUUAUCUUCGAUCGAAUCCACUCAGACGUUAUGGGACCCUUGAAAACACCGACGCUCUACAAACGACACAGAUGGAUAGUAACGUUCGUUGAUGAUGCGAGUAGAUUCGCUAUUGCAUACACGAUGCAAUAUAAGUCAGAUGUUCUUGAAUGUUUUCUAAUGUUUCUCAACUUAGUUGAGAAAUAUACCAGAGGACGUUCGAGAGUAUCUACACUGAGAUGUGACAACGGAGGAGAGUACACCGGAGCUGCGUUCAAACAGUUAUGCGAUCACAGAGGAAUUACAAUUGAAUACUCCGAGCCAAAAGCACCGCAACACAAUGGAACCGCCGAACGAUUCAAUCAGACGAUUAUGUCGAAAGUCAGAGUAAUGCUUUUGGACUCCGGAGUUCCUCAAUAUCAUUGGGAUACAGCUUUAGCAACGGCAGUCCAAAUCUACAACCGAGCACCUCAUUCCAGUAUUGGUUACAGAAUUCCAAUAAAACAGAUUUUUCCGGACGUGACUUUACGAACAGAGUAUAUGAGAAGGUACGGAUGUAUUGCGUAUGUACACCGAAAUGAUCCAACACUACAGAAAGUUGACCAGCGCGCCGUUCUUGGAGUUCUUGUUGGUUUUACCGCUACAGGUUAUAAAGUCCUACUACCGCAGUCCAAUAAGAUAAUCCGAGCCACGCAUGUGAAAUGUGUUGAAUUUAAGAACUACAGAGACAUAAAUGGAUUGACAGAGAAAUACGUACCAGAGAUACCUGAAAGAGAGUGGUUGAAAGAAUUCGAAGAGAUCUACCGGAAACCUGAAAAUGAACCCCGCAGAGGACCGUUACCGACGAUCGUUGAUAAAUGGCUACGUACAGCCUCCAGAGAAGUCCAAAUGUGGAGAUAUAUGCUGCACAUUACGAUGAUGCUGUAA